AUGUACAUAUCCUCAAUUGCGAAUCCCCUAUUGACUCAAAAAGACUCACAUCAAUCCUCAAAACCUAACUGCACAAUGCCUAUAAAGCUCCCCCGCUCCCUCCCUUUUCCAUUCCUCCCCCUCCACACCAAAUCCCAACUCCCACUAUCGCGCCUCCCAUUCCUCCCACGCAGCAACACUAUGAGCACCAAGCCCUACGACCCCAUCGCACUAACCGGCUUCUCUGCCGCCGCCUCCUACGACGCCCACCGGCCCUCCUACAUCGCACCGGCACUCACCCACCUCCUCGAGCAGCUCAACGUCGCCUCCGUGCCCCGCGCCAAGGUCCUCGACCUCGCCGCCGGCACGGGAAAGUUCACGGAGCUCCUUGCCGCGCGCCCGGAGGAGUAUGAAAUCGUGGCGGUCGAGCCGCACAAGGACAUGCUUGCGACACUGAGGGCAAAGGACCUGAAGAGUGUCAGUGUGAAGGAGGGCGAUGCGUACGAUAUCCCAGUGGAGGACGGGUGGGCGGAUGCUGUUGUUGUUGCGCAGCACCACCAUAGGUUCGCCAACCCUACAUCUCUCGCCUCCAUCGCGCGCACCCUCCGCCCCGGCGGGCGUCUAGGGCUAAUCUGGAACGUCGAGGACUACAACCAAUCGCGCCACCACAUUACCAAGACACACUGGGAGGGGCAGCUCCGCGACCUCAACUGGCAGCACACCACUGACGACUCGCCGCGGUACAAGAGCAACGAGUGGGCCGGCGCGUUUACCCCGCCCACGACGUUCUCGGCGCUGCAGGAGAAGAUCUUUGAGGUGGAGAUAUGGCUGGGGAAGGAGGCGCUGUGGAAGCGCUUGGGGACAUUGAGUAAUAUUGCGAAUCUGGGGGAGGGGGAGAGGGAGGAGCUGAGGAAGGGUUUUGAUGAGGUGCUGGAGGGCCAGGAUGUCCAGUGUAAUGACAAGGGCGAGAUUUCAGUGCAUUAUAUCGUGCAUACGGCUUGGGCUACGAAGCUCUAG